UAUGUAGCAAGGGGUGUAGCCCUUUAAGAUUUGUGCAACUUCACACUCCCUCUCGCCCUUUAACGUCAUAUGCGGAAGUGUCAACAUGGAGGACGGGAGAGAGGCUUCCACGAAUUCACUUCUGAAAGAUGAGUGCUAUGCUGAUUUCCUGGCAGAGGAGUUUGAUGUAAAGACUUACACCGCUCAAGCUAUUCACCAUGCUGUCAUUGCUGAGCAGCUUGCCAAGCUGGCACAGGGCAUCAGUCAGCUGGACAAGGAGCUGCACAGCCAGGUGGUAGCCAGACAUGAAGACUUACUGUCUCAGGCGACUGGAAUAGAGUCUCUUGAAGGGGUCCUUCAGAUGAUGCAGACAAGGAUCAGUGCUCUGCAGGCAGCUGUUGACAGGAUAAGGACGAAGAUUGUUGACCCGUAUAACAAGAUUGUGACCAGGAUCACCCAGCUUGCCAGACUGCAGGUGGCCUGUGACCUGCUGCGGAGGAUCAUUCGCAUCUUGUACCUGAGCAAGAGGCUGCAGGGUCAGCUACAGGGGGGCAGCAGGGAGCUCACCAAGGCUGCUCAGAGCCUCAAUGAACUAGUGCUCAUCCUGUCUGCUCUCCCUGGACCCCCAACCUGGUAAUAUAUUCCCGUGAUCUGUUGUGGACCUGCUCAACUCAGCCUCUCACCCUCUGGACUCUCAGCUACGGUUCCCUCCUGCUCUGCACUGCAGCCACCAACCUGGUUCUGCAGCAUCUAGUCUCAGUCUGCCUUGCUCUUCCCUGGCUCAAUUUCCGAUCAUUUCAACACCGCAAUAAAUAUUCGUCUCUUAUCUAA